AUGAGAAAGCAGUUCAAAGGCUCUCGAAGUGGACACCAUCAUUAUCUUCAGAGACUACGAUCAAAGUUGCUUACAGCACUUUACUCAAACACACAUGGAGUUGCCGCAGCAUUCACUAUUCAGAAUAAUAUUAUACAAGUCAACCCAUCACUCACUCGCCAGUCAAAGUCGUCGAUCUACUAUCACCGCAAGAAAUUGAGUGCUCAAGGAACGUAUCAUCCUCUUCUUCAUGGUGGAAAACGAUACUCUCUGCUUGAUGAUGUCAGGUUUGAGCAGCUGAAGGAUUUCCUCCAUAGAUACAUACUCGAGGCGCAACCAGAGAGUCUCAAAGAGAUAGUUGACCAUGUCAACACUCAGGUCGAGGACAUCCAGUUCAGCAGAUCAUACAUACGAAAUGUCAUCUCAGAACACCUGAUGUUCUCGUGGAAGGUGCCAAUCACAGUCCAGCAUCAGAAGUUCACCUUGGAGAACCUAGAGAGAUAUGUCUACUUCUGUCAUUGGAUCAGCCAAGUCGAUCUUGAUUCUGUUUACUGGCUUGAUGAAUCUACCUUUGAGUCCAAGAAGUGUUGGAAGAGAAAGUUGUUGGCCCCUAGAGGCAGAGUGCAACCCAUUCGCGUCAACAGAGAGUCCUUCAGGGAGUCCUUCUCGUUGAUGGCCAUGAUCUGCAUCCUUCCUCGACACAAUCAAAAACGCGUUCAACAAGUAUUCUAG